AUGUGCUCCCGCCAGGAGAAGGACCAUUGCCAUAAGCAGGAGCGCUACGUCCAACAGAGCAGCGGUUGCUGCCACAGCUCUGGUGGUGGCUGCCACAGCUCCGGCGGUGGCUGCCACAGCUCCGGCGGUGGUGGCUGCCACAGCUCCGGCGGCGGUGGUGGCUGUCACAGCUCCGGCGGUGGCGGCGGCUGUCACAGCUCCAGCGGUGGCGGCUGUCACAGCUCCGGUGGCGGUGGCUGUCACAGCUCCGGUGGCUCCGGCUGCCACGGGAAGCCGCAGGUGGUGUACCACCAGCAGCAGCAGCAGCAGGUCCACCAGCUGCCCUCGCAGAAGCUGAAGUAA